AUGAAAAGGAACAAAGUCACGCCCCAAUGGGACGCCAUGGACCGACGAUACUACGACUUCAUUAACAAAGACGACGGCGACAACCCCUACCCUGGCGUGAACAACCUCGACGAGGCCGCUUUCGACCCGGAAUGGGAGGAGGCCAGCGCCGCCCGGCCCCGCGGCAUCUACGAAAGACGCUACCGACCCGACGAAGACUACGCCAGCUACCUCAGCCGCUACAGCGAAGACGCCGCGGCCAUCGCAACCACCGCAGCCGCCGCUGCCGCCGCCGUCGCCCCCCCAACGACCACCACCACCACCCCCGCGCUCCUCUCCCUCUCCGACCUCGGCAACCUCAUCUCCUACCUCCUCACCCCCCUCUACCAUCUCCUCACCCUCUCCCCACCCACCACCACAGCCACCACCACCACAACCCUCAACCCCCCGACCCACCACCACCCACACCACCCACCCCACCCACCCCACCCCCCAUUACCCCCCACCACCUCCAUAGCCCUCCCCCCCUUACUCUCCCCCUCCACCCACCUCCUCACCCUCCUCACCGCCCUCACCCUCACCCUCCUCCACCACCGCGAACUAGCCCGCUUCACACUCUACUGGCUCGCCCGCCUCACCAGCACCGACCUCGCCGCCUACCCCUCCACAUCCCACCUCGUCCCCGCCGCGCUGCGCGGCAGCAGCUCCGACGGCGGGAACCGGUCGCGCUACUGGGCGACGCUGCACGCGCUGCGGUGGCAGGAGGGCCUGAGCGGGCCGGCGGUGCGGGGGUUGGGCCAGCGGUAUCUGGGCGGGGUGGUGGUGGUGGGCGUGCUGUGUCCGGCCGGGGUCGGGGAGGCGGUGCUGGCGGGGUUGGGGUCGGUGGUCUGGCCGUGGGUGCAGUUGUAUGCGCUGGUGGUGGUGGUUACGUCCGGGGUGCGGUGGGCGCCGCGGUUGCUGUGGUUCGCGCGCGAGGUGGCGUGGUUUGGGGUGUGGGCGGUGAUGGUGGCGGGUAGGGAGGUGUUGGUGUUGUGGGUGGGGGUUUUGAGGAGGUUUUGGGUGGUUCUCUUUGCGUCGUGGGCGGCUUGGGUGUCGUGGAGGUUGGUGACGCAGGUGGAUUAUGUAGAGGUUGCGGCAGGGACGGUGGUGUGGUUCUUGUAUAGAAGUGCUGGGCUGCUGUAUUGGGUCAGCGACAUGGUGAGGGAUAUGGCGGGCUCGGUUGGGUUGAAGGCUUGA